AGCGCGGUGCCUGUAGUCACCUGUGUGACGUAAUCAAUGCGGGGGGUUAAACGCGUCACAGGCGACCGACUGAUUCACAACACUGAGCCAAAUCACGCACAGCAGCGGCCGCACAAUGGGCCCGGAGAACAAUAGCCGCGCGCUGCGCUUCACGCACAGCUCCUGAGUCAUUUUAACGCAGCGAGCAGCGGGACCUAGUUCCUGCGGAGGGUUACAACCGCGAGCCGAUUUAAAACACUGCGCUACAGUUAAAAUUAGCCAUUUUAGGUGUUUUGAAGCCCCCCCGGGAAGAAGAGGAGAAGAACACGUUGUAACGUGCGGAGCGGAGGGGGGAGAGAGAGACUCACACUGGGAGAGAGAGAGAGAGAGAAAGGGGGAGGGAGAGAGAGGAGUGAAUGGGCACGACUCAGUCAGCAGCGCUGCGCCCUUCACUUUAUCGAUAUCGAUCAGUUUGGUAAUCGAGACAUUUAGACCCACAGCGGGUCCGUUGGGCUAGCCCGGGAGCUAGCCGGAACACCGGGAGCUAGCGCGAUGGGACGCAUGUGAAGCAGCCCGGGAGCGAGCAGCAGCCUGGCGGAGAAAGAAACAAGGAAGCGGACGGCUAGCUGCGCUACACCGAAGCUAACUGUUGGCUAACUGUUGGCUAAUAUUAUUUCUAAUGAGCGACCAGGGAGCAUGCGACCUGAUACGAAGAGCUGACUUGUUCGGGGAUGUCGGGCAGUAAGGCGCUGGGCGGGGGGGCUGGCGGGGGGGCGAGGCGCAGGCGGACGCGGUGCCGGCGCUGCCAGGCCUGCAUGAGGACCGAGUGUGGGGAGUGCCACUUCUGUAAGGACAUGAAGAAGUUUGGAGGGCCCGGCCGGAUGAAGCAGUCCUGCCUCCUGAGACAGUGCACGGCGCCGGUGUUGCCUCACACGGCGGUGUGUUUUGCGUGCGGCGAGGCGGGGAAGGAGGACACGGUGGACUCUGAGGAGGAGAAGUUCAGCCUCUCUCUGAUGGAGUGCACCAUCUGCAACGAAAUCAUCCACCCCAGCUGUCUCAAGAUGGGUAAAGCUGAAGGAAUCAUCAACGAUGAGAUCCCAAACUGCUGGGAGUGUCCAAAGUGCCACAAGGAGGGUAAAACCAGUAAGGACCAGGCGGACGGCUCGGGCAAGCGCAGGCUGGAUAACGGGGAGGUGGGCCGCUGGAAGCUCACCGAUGACCCUCCCCCUAAAAAGAAAGCCCCGCCCUCCCUGGAGGAGGGGGGGAGGACGGAGGGGGGACACAAGAGGAAGAAGGAGAAGGAGCUGCCUCAGGACAGCGGCCCCAAGAAGAAGAUGAAGGGCGCCCACGAGAAACGCCUCAAAAAGAAACCCAAACAGGAGGCGGUGGAGUCGAACGGUCCCACCUCCUCAGCUGGAGGAGGAGCAGGAGGAACACAGGGCUCCUCAACUACCGCUACUUCUUCUCAGCCCGGGGGAGGAGGCGCUGGGGGAGGAGGCGCAGGGGGGACGUCGAGUGCCGACCAGCGCUCCCAUCACAGAGAGAAACUGGAGCGCUUUAAGAGGAUGUGUCUGCUGGAGCGUCGGCCAGAGUCGUCGUCCUCCUCCUCCUCCAGCUCCGAGUCCGACUCCGAGUCCGACUCUGACGACUCCCUGAGGGGGGAGCAGGCGGGAGGAGGCUCCUCACCUUCAUCCUCCUCCCCCGCCCCGCCUCCUCCCGUCGUCUACGGCAACAGCAGCGGGGGGCGGGCGGAGAGAGAGAGGAGUCGCAGCGAGCGGGAGAGAGAGAGGGAGAGGGAGCGACGUCUGGCCGAGCUGGGCUUCAGCGCCAGUGAGGAGUCGGAGGGGGAGGGAGGGAGGGGGGAGGAGGAGGCGCGGGAGGAGGAGCAGGGAGGGGGGGAGAAGGCUCGGCGGAGAGGGGGAGGAGGAGAGGCGGGGUUACCUCCGCGAGGACGGAAAGGAGGACUGCUGGAAGGAGAGGAGGAGGACACGCCCACCUCUGACAGGACCAGGAAAAACUCCGCCUCCCUCCCCCCGCCCUCACCCCUCUCCUCCAAUCAGAUGCCUCCGUCCUCACAGCACGACGGCUUCACGGGGAAGCAGCGCAGCAACGGGCAGGAGGCGCGCAACGGACGGACACGGGGAGGGACGGGAGGGGGGAGGGAGGGAGGGGAGAAGGAGAACGCCAGCGGCGUUCUGACCAAUCACAGACACAGCGGGGGAGGAGGGGGCGGGACCAAAGGCAGCCGCGGCAACAAGAUCCGUAGCAACAGUAAGAACCAGACGUCCAGAAACACCUCCUCCUCCUCCUCCUCCAUCCCCACCUCAAACGGGGGAGGAGGGGGAGGCGGCCUGAUGAUGUCAGCGAUGGCGGCGUCUCCCUGCUCGCAGCCGUCCCGCCUCGCCCCGCGCUCUCAGAUGAUGAAGCGCAGCCCGCCGGCCGUGCCCUCGCCCCCCCGGCCCGUUCAGAUGGAGAGACACCUGGUGCGUCCCCCCCCCACCUGCCCCGAGCCCAGCUGUCUGCCGCUGGACUCUGGCUCCUCCCACAUCAUGACACGUGACGUGUGGCUCAGAGUGUUCACACACCUGAGCCAGAGAGAGCUGUGUGUCUGCAUGAGAGUCUGCCGCACCUGGAGCCGCUGGUGUUGUGAUAAACGGUUGUGGACUCAGAUCGACCUGAGCCGGCAGCGCUCCAUCACCCCCCCCAUGCUGAGUGGUAUCAUCCGCCGACAGCCCGUCUCCCUGAACCUGGGUUACACCAACAUCUCCAAGAAGCAGCUGAUGUGGCUCAUCAACCGCCUACAAGGUCUGUUGGAGUUGAAUGUGUCUGGUUGUCCGUGGCCGGCGGUCUCUGCUCUGUGUCAGGCCAUCUGUCCCUGUCUGAAGCUGCUGGAUCUCAGCAGAGUGGAGGACCUCAAAGACUCGCACCUGAGAGAGCUGCUGGCCCCCCCACCUGACACCAGGACAGCUCACGGUGAGACCAGAGUGGGGCGUUUCCAGAACGUGACGGAGCUGCGAUUGGCCGGUUUGGACCUGUCGGACGCGUCGUCGCGUCUGUUGGUGCGAUACGUUCCUCACCUGACCAGGUUAGACCUGAGUCAGUGUGGAAACGUCACAGACCAGACGGUGCACACCCUCACCUCCCCCAUCUCCCCCCUGAGAGAGAGCCUCACCCACAUCAACCUGGCAGGUUGUGUGAAGGUGACGGAGCAGUGUGUCCCGUUGCUGCGUCGCUGCCCCUCCCUGCGCUCCUGCUCCCUCCUCUCCUCUGAGACCGGACAGCUGCUCUCCUUCCCUUCCCACACCUCCUCCUCCACCUCCACCUCAUCCUCCUCUUCCUCUGCCACCACCGCGGUCGCUGCUUCCUCCUCCUCCUCCUCCACGUCUGCCUCCUCCUCCUCCUGUCCUUCUGAAGACAGAACGCUGCUGAAGAACAGCUAAGGUCCUCCUCAUGUCAUGUGACACUUGAUUGGUCCAGACGGCCUACAAGCCUCGCCUCCCACUUUGUUACACUACAGACAGGUGAGGAAGAGGAGGAGAAGGGACCUGUGCAACAUUUCUCCUGACGCUGGAUAAAGUUUUGUGUUGUUGGCGAGUACAGCGACCACAGAAGAAGAAGAAGAAGAAGACGUGGAGGAGAAACGUAUUUUGGGAAAGUUGUCGGUAAUAGUAAAAAAAACAAAUAGAAACCCUAAGCAUGUACAUAUUUGUUCUCUGUACAAUUUUGGGUGUGUGUAUAUAUCUGUAGUUUACUGUAAAUGACCUGUAACCUUUGAACCCCCCCACGCCAACACUCCUCCCCUCCCUCCUUCCGUCCUUCGACCCUUCGACCAAUCAUCAUGCCAGGCGUCCACCUGCUCGUCAGUAGCUGCAGAACAGGGAAAAGUGGAAAAUCAAUACUUUGUUGUCCAUAUUUAGUUGCUGUGGUUUAAAAGGUGACAUGACCCCCCCCCCCUUCAGAUGUAAAAGAUCAAACAAGAGUUAAGCUAACAGUUUGCCUCUGCUUCCAGUCUUCAUGCUAAGCUAGGCUAAAUGUACCUGUGUCUCUAAAUUGGUAUCCAUUUUCUCACCUGACUCUGAAGGAAUGGAUUGCCGUAAAAUGUUCGAUUGUCGCUCUAAAAACGCAUCUUUUCUGUAUGAAGUCUGGUGUGGUUAGAGAGCCUCUGCGGUUACCCAUAAUGCCCCUCUCUGUAGGUCCACAGAGACGUUGGCAAAGAUUAUUCCCGCCUUAAACUGGACAGACGCUGCGUCAUCAUUAAUCUUAACCGUUGUUAUUCAGAACUCACACGUUUGAAUCGGCCUGCAGUUUCGUCCAGUGACAAUUCCAAUAAAGUUUUUACAGACACGACGAGAAAAAGAGACAGGCAGCAUCGCUUUGAGCAAAUCCGCUAUAAUCAGAAAAAUGUGGAGGGAUGAGCUGCUGCUGUUCCACGAGUGAAGACGGACAGUUUCCUAAAGUAAAUAUAAGUAAAGUUUGGAACAAACGAGAUAAUCGGAGGCCGGCCGUCUUCGUUCACGAGAGCAGAGAAACGUUUACACUCGGAUCUGCGGUUUAGUGCCGAGGCUGCGAUCAGAGCGGACGCCGAUCAUCAUCAAUGCACACGUGCAGUGUUUGAUGCUGCAGCCUCAUGAUGUUGGAUUCAGCUUCAGUGUGUGAACCCAGUGGUGGAGGCAGACCAGUGUAAACCAGACCAGUGUAAACCAGACCAGUGAGCAGCAGGGCCAAAGAUGCGUCACGUCACCGGACUGAUGAAGAAGCUGUUUGAUCGCCGGUUUGUUCUCAGAAGCAGAACGGGUCGCUGGAGCCGGCUGCCUGGACGAACUCCUCUAACUAAUUAAAUGUUGUCGAAACACAAGAGCUUUGAAUAACGCGGCGUCUAAAACUGAUUUGUAUCAGAAUCUGAUGAGAAGUUGACGUUUUGAAGCUGCCGCUUCAUUUGGGACCAAAGUGUUGAGGUUUGACGUCGGACUGCUGACGAACCUCCAGCAGUUUGUUCCACUGAGGCGUGAACUGCUGCUAAACCGUCUCGUUUCUAUCUCUGCACCCGAUCAAUAAACAAUGGGAGUUGUUGGAAGGUUCUUCUUUUGAUGGAGCUAGGCUAGCUGUUUCCCUCUGCUUCCAGUCUUUGUGCUAAGCUAGGCUAACCAGACCCGUCUCUGAGCUGGAGGUUAAACACAUCCUCUACGGUGUCAGACUGUCGCUUUAAACGAGCGGCGGCUUCAGAUCGGCGCGACAGUAUUUUUUUGAAGGCGGCACUUUGCUUUCUGGGCGUCGGCGCCGCAGGUGACGGUUGUUCAGGUGUGGUUUUGGUUUGAGCCGUUUCCCUUCCUGUUUCCUCGUGUGUGUGCGUUUGAAACCUCUUUGUUUUUACAUGCGCUCCACUUCCCUCCGUCAUCCGUCUGCCCGUGUUCAUCAGCUCCGAUCAGCCUGAUUGAUCAUGUUUUCUCAGGAGUAUUUUUUUGAGUCAGGGUUUAAUUUAUUUCGCGCCCCUCCAGUCGAGACAUUCCUGCAACAGAGAGAAGUCCUUCUGCGCCGACAGUCUUCUUUCUUUGUUUUCCACUUUAUGAACGUGUCUUCAUGUGUUCGCUGCGUCCUUCGAAUCGUAUUGAUGCGUUUGAAUCUGUUUUGCUGAGGAAGCCCAUUUCUGCCAGGAAAAGAAAAAACAGGAAGUUAGAAAUAAUAAAAGCAGAAAUAAUAACUGAAAAUCAGGAUUAUGACGUGAAGUCUGAUUCAGUAUCUCGGCGCUCUGACAGUCGGGUGACUCUGUCUCUGUUAGCUGUCUCCUUAAUAUUUCAUAACUCUGGUUUAAAAACUCACAAUUUCGGCUCCUUUCUCAUAAUUUGGAUUUAGUAUAAAAUAAUUCUGACUUAUUAAAGUCAUGAUCUUGACUCACUGUCGUUAUUUUGACUUCAAAGUCAAGAGUCACAAAUUCAGUUUAGUCUCGAUUCGCUGUCAUCAUUUUUAUUUGCCUUUCAGAGUUUUUAUUCGUAACUUUUCAUCUGUGUUUUGUUUUAUUGGCUAAAAUGUGCUUCUGUAGUUCUCUCAGGCCGUCGCUUAUGAAAACAUCACUUCCUGAGUUUCACGUCAGGAUCGCUGGCAAAGCAGCGUUUUGGCUUUUGAUGUGUCUCAUAAAAGCAAGAAAUGACUGAUUUUGUCACAAGAGUCAGUAGAUUUUGGUUGUGAAGACUUUAACUUUGUGCACAGAUGUUUUCUUAAGUGACGCCCUGAUGUUUCGGAUGAAAAAGCAAAAACGUUACAGGAUCGAUAUCCUGUCUGUUUGUCUGUCUGUGAGGCAGUGGCACUGAGGGGGGGUCAGAAAUGUUAUUUACGCCAUAUUUCAUAUUGUUGUAUUCCAGAUGUUCACGACAGCAAAGCAAAUGAUGGACUACAGUCAUUGUAGCGUGUUCAGCGUUAGCUACACAGUAUCAUGUUAGCUUCACAGUAUCAUGUUAGCUAGCUGGUCAGUUUCAAGCGUUCUGUCACAGUUGUUGUUGCUUUACCUCUGCUGCACUGAAACCUGAAGAACAACGGCGUAAAACCGAAUCUACAGUUUUAAAUUGGGUCAAAACAGCUGUUAUCACUGGCUAGCUAAUAUUAGCUAGCAAGCUAAUUAAGAUUUACUUCUAGUGGCUCAAAGUAAUAGAAAUGUUUUGCCACACCGUAGAUCUGCUUUGUUAAUGAGCUGUGUUGUUAGCCCAUUAGCUAGCUGAGGUAACAAGCUAGCUACCAAAGCAGUGGCGGUUUGGGAUUGUUAUGCAAAUCAGAAAAAAAAUAAUAGGAAGAAUAAACAAGCCAAGAACAUUUAAAUUACACCGUGGCACAAAGUGGAGUGGAGCCGUUACCACGUUAUGCUAACAUUAGCUCGCUCCUUUCUAAGAAACUGUAUUCCAGUGUUUCAAAAAAAAUGGCAAUUAAUUUCCCAAACUGACUUGUACUUUCAAUGAGCUAACGUAUUAGCUCAUUAAUAAGCUAGGUAACAAGCUAACACUGACUUGUUCCACGUUGGUCAGCUCUUUUCACCCACGUCAGCGUCAUGGGCGAAUGUUAGCUCGCUGGUGUUAUUGUUCAGCUCUGCAGUGACAAAAUAAAACCUAACAACAAAAUGUAAAUCCUGCCUGAUGAGCAGGAAAACAGCUAAUUCGUUUUCCAAACCGUAGCCUUGCACCGCUAGCUGACAUUAGCUAGCUAACCGGUGUUAGCUUGCUGCAGAACAAGCAGAGGAGGUUUUUAGGUACAAAUAAAGAUGAAUAUUAUUAGUUAGUUGGCGAAGCGCUUUCAUUAAGGGGAAUGAGGCCGAACUUCAGCGGCUUGGCGUGCUUUCAUAUCGCUGUGAACUUGGUGUGUUUGGGUUUCAGCCGCUCGGGAAACGCUGGGCGGUCUGAGGACUGUCGAUGAUGAAGAUGAUAGUUGGUUACAGUCCUGAUUCAUCAAACGGUGCAGUCGGGGUAAAGCACCGUUCCCCGUCCGGUUCCUUUUGGACCUGCAGUCGUCCAGGAAGUAAAAAGUAUUGGUAGAUACAUUUUAAACUGCCAUGAUGUCAUGCGGCCCGUUGUGCCAUAACCACGCCAGCUCGAUGUUUCUGAAGGGGUCAGUUUGUAUGUUGUCUUUUGUUUUUUACUGCCACGUGGGGAUCGACGCCUGUCUGUUAACGAUGCAUAUCGCAGCUUCAAUCUUCCCCUAGCAACAAGUGAGGAGAUCAAAUCUGAUUGGACGAUAAUCCCUGCCUUCUGAAAGCUCUUAUCCAAUCAGACGCCCAGACAUAUCUCACCUUCUCUCUGUAUCUUAGUACGAACUGAAUCUGUCAUGUCUUUAUCGAUGUUUUAAAGAUGCACUGGACCGUCUUCAUCCUCACCUUCAUCCUCACCUUUUGCCAAAUGUACUUUUUGUUGUGAAAAGGGGCAUUUUUAUCCCGAGGUUUCUUUCUGUUUGCUUUUUGUUGUUUUUUUUUUUUUUUAUACUUUGUCCACAACUCUUCCGUUGUGUUGGUGGAAAAAAAAUAAAAAAUGAGGAAGAAGUUGGAACAAAAAGUAAAAAGAGACAAAAAGACCAACUCGAGGCAGCUACGUAUGAGUGACUACUGUAAAACGACUAACUAAUAAAGAAGCAAUGGGUUUGUUUUUA